AUGGGUACGCCUCGUCAAGAGGACGUGGGAAUCGGCAGCUCAGGAAAUAUAGCGAGGAAUCCGGCUCAAGACCGCCGCGAGGAUGGCGCUCCUCGAUAUGCCAUACCACCAAGGGAGCUCACUGCGGUCGAGAUCCCGGCAGUUGUUGAAGAUGUCGACCGAGCUGUCAAGGCCUUUGGCAGGGUUCCUUCUCUACGACAUGUCCUGGAUCCUCUAAGGAACUCAAUACCACUGUAUAUAAAUCCAGAGGAACCUUUUUGUCCGCCCAUCAUGUCACAUAACGCCAGGUCUCAUAAUGUCGUUCUCAAGGUCACAGUUCCCAAACGAACUGGGAGGAAGCGCAAACGUGGGACGGACGAGCCCUGGCAAGGUGACGUAGAGCUUCAAGGCGCCGAUACCUUGCCCUCAGAAAACGUCCGUUCCAUAGCACGCCUCGAUGAUCCAAGGCUUCUGAGACGCAAACUGGAGGACAAUGUCGAUAAAUACCACGUCGAGGCUGUCGGAUUGAUUAAGCACACUCAUCGCUUCAGGGGCUUGGCAGAUUUUUACUGGGACAUGGACAAAUCGUCAUUUGCGCAGAGAUUUGUCGACCAAGUGUUGCCCGGAGAUGUCGAGAAGCUAAAGGAGUUCAAGUUUGCACCCGGCAUCGACCAAGGCUCGAAUGUGGAUAUCAUACCGCCGCCCAUCUUCACCCACAUGAGUCUGCCAUUCAACUACUUUUAUUCACAGAACCCGUAUGUCCGCUUAACGGAAGAUGGCGGAACCGUCAACACAACAGCGGUCAAACAAGUUGGCCACUUUAUAGGAACGGAAGAUGCCGCCCCUACCGGCCCCCAAAUCCCGCCCGACAUGACUGAUCCGCGUAUGGUGGAGGUUAUCGCUCAGCUGGAAGAAGCAUUUGAAGACCGUCCAGUCUGGACUCGUCGGUCACUAUUGAACCACCUUGCCGGCAAGCUUCGAAAUUGGAACGAGCUGAAAAAGUACCUCAACUAUGCAGCUUAUCAGUUCAAGGGCGGACCUUGGAGAGAUGGAGUAGUUCCGUACGGAAUCGACCCCAGGACUGACCCCAAGUAUCGCAUAUACCAGACCCUCAUGUUCAAGCUUCCUAAGCAGAAGCGAGCGCGGAAAGACCAAACCUGGCAAUCCCUCCGGAGAGUCCAGAUGGGCCGAACAAAGGAGUUUGUCCAAGAGUUGUCGGCCAGCCACAUGUUUGACGGAGAGACCUACCACACCGAUGGUAAAGUGUGGCAGGUGUGUGAUAUUACAGAUCCAUUGCUCCGGGAGCUGCUAGAUAAUGCAGAAGUGCGUUCGACGUGGGAUGUUAGCAGUGGAUGGUAUCACGGGGGCUUGUGGGCAAAAGUCAAGGCCAUCAUGAAGACGAAGCUCGUAGCGAUCCAGUUUGGUCGACAGUUGACUAAGGAAGAUUUCGCCCCAACGCUGCAGUGCGGAGAUCAGACGCCAAUUCGAUCUACCUCGGCCACUUUUCAUCUUCCUCUACCUAAUCUAAACCUAACAACUGAGGAGCUUACGCAGCUCCGGGGACGAGAACCGUCCAAGAAGAAGAGCCAGGUCUACAAUGUGAGAGUUCGCCCUCGCGCUAAAAUAGACGUUGAUGCUAUGGAAGAACAGUCUGUUGUUACAUCCCACGAUGCAGAUGCAGACCUCGAGGCAGACGCAGAAGCGGAGGCAGCAAGCAUACUGGGCAGGAUGGAACAGAGCGAGGACUCUGAGGCUGGCAGCGAUGAUGACGACGACGAAGACGAGGAUGACGAGGAGAAUGAUAACGGCUUUGAAGAGGAAGAAGGGAUGGAGCACACUAGAUUUGAAGGAGAUGAGGACGACUACGGCGAGCUAGAUGAUGAAUAUACGAUAAUUGAACUUUGGAUCUCAUCUAUCCCUAUUCUACAAACUUCAAAUUCCUCUACCGGCACAAUGGAUUCUUCUCAUCCGUUUUCAGGCGGACCUUGGUUCUGUAAACACUGCCAGAAGGCGUUCUCUGUUUGGGAACACCUGGUAGAGCACAAAAAAUCCAAGCGGAACGAAAACAAAGAGGACCACAUUCAUUGCAAGUUCUGUGGCCGAGAUUUCCAUACCUUGGAAGGAGAGAUGAAGCACAUGCAGGUGGAGCAUCCUCUUGAGCAGAAUCUCGACUGUCCUGGCUGCGGCCAGGGUCCUUUCAAGCGCCUAGGCUCCCUCAUGAGCCAUAUCGAAAGAGGGUUUUGCACACGCAUCGACAGUGACCUCCUCGACGAGCUCAGAGAAGAGAAGCUCGAGUUUCCACGACGUUUGGAGCAGUUGACUAAAGAGUCAAUUAUGGGGAAUUACAUGAAGUAUCUGCCAUCGCCCAAUGCAGAGACCGCAAUCUCGGGCUGGCACGUUGAAAAGGAGACGCCUUCAUUCAAGAUGGUCCCAGAAGAGUUCCCGGGUUUGUCUACUACGGCAAAGGUCCAAGGUUCGGGACGACUUCCUCUUCGACUACUCUCCGACAUUAACCGUGACAACAACAUUGAGGUGCCAAGCUCUGUUCAGCGGCCUCAACCGGUCUUCAAAUCGGGUGUGAACACUGUCGUCGCGGGCAUGGAUCCUGAUGAUCCAAAUAACCCGUCGUUCAACGUAGCCCGCUAUCGGUGCCCAAUCACUGAGAAAUGGAACUGUCCAAAAAUACCGUGCAGAAAAGUGUUCAAGACGGCCAGAGCGCUUAUUGGCCACCUUCGAUCGCCAGCCCAUGGAAACAAGACGUAUAGAUGCCCGUGCUGCCUCAAGAUGUUCAAGACUUUGGCAGGCAUAACUUCGCACGCGGAGACUAGAGGCUCCAAGUGCCGCAUUCAAGACACUGUUCACUACGAGAUUUUCAUGGGCCAGCUGACGGCAGGCAUUGUCGAUGUUGAAAGAACUCGAUAUCAAGAUGGAAGCAUCAUCUUCAAAACUUCGGAACAGGUGAAGCAGAGACUUCGUGGAGAGGUCAAGGAGAAUAAGUCCAAGGAUCCGAUCGAUAUUGACCCAGAAAAGGUUUACUGGUAG